UUCCACUGCACCCCGACAAAACUUGUACUCUUUUGAAGGCUUCAGGUACAACUGGUAGACUGUCCAGAGACGAUUUGUGACGUUCAUCCGAAACGUGUUGAACUCGGACGCUGUGAAAAAAAUGCUCACGGCUUUGCGUCAUCAUGUGCCAUUGAGCCGCAUGAUUAAAUUCCACACAGCAAGAGGGCUGUCGUGUCAGAAAUCCGCCUUGAAAACCGCUCCUGCAGACCUGUUGGAGAUGCCGCCAUGCAACUUCACACCUCAAGAAUACAAGGGGAUGUCCAAAGAGCGUAUGAUGGAGAUCCGUCGGACAAACUGCCACCCCAUGACCAUGAAGGUGACCUACUAUAAGAAGCCGGUCUACAUCCAUCAGGGUCACAUGCAGUGGCUAUGGGACGUAGAUGGGAAGCGCUAUCUGGAUCUCUUUGCCGGCGUGGCCACCGUCAGCGUGGGCCACUGCCACCCAAAAGUGAGGGCGGCCGCAGAGCGGCAGCUGAGGACGCUGGUACACACCACCAACAUCUAUGUUUAUCCUCCCAUCCACGAGUACUGCGAAAAGCUAGCGUCCAACUUGCCUGAUCCUCUCAAGGUAAUCUACCUAACCAAUAGCGGCUCAGAGGCCAAUGACCUGGCCAUGUGUAUGGCCCGACUCUACACUCGCAACUUUGACAUCAUCACUUUCAGGGGGUCGUACCAUGGAGGUAGUCCGCAGACCAUGGGUCUGACUGCACAACAAGCUUACAAAUACCCUGUCGCCAUUGGCUUAGGCUGCACAAAUACCAUGUGUCCUGAUGUGUUCAGAGGUCCCUGGGGGGGAAGCCACUGCAGGGACUCUCCUGUGCAGACCACCAGAAAAUGUAACUGUGCCCAAGGCUCUUGCGUGGCAAAUGAACACUACAUUGAACAACUCAAAGAGACGUUUCUCACCAGCGUCCCGAGUCGAAUUGCUGCUUUCUUUGCUGAGCCUAUCCAGGGAGUUGGUGGAGCCGUGCAGUACCCAAAACACUUCCUGAAGGAGGCGUACAAACUUGUGAGAGAGCGAGGCGGGCUCUGUAUCGCUGAUGAGGUACAGACGGGAUUUGGCCGAACGGGGAGCCACUUCUGGGGAUUUCAAGGUCACGACGUCCUUCCUGAUAUCGUGACCCUGGCAAAGGGCAUCGGGAACGGCUUCCCAAUGGGAGCGGUGGUUACAACACGGGAAAUCGCAGACACUUUUGCACAGGGUGUUCAUUUCAACACCUUUGGAGGAAACCCAUUGGCUUGUUCCAUCGCCUCAUCUGUCAUUGACACCAUCAAAGAAGAAGGACUGCAGCAGAACAGUCUGGAGGUGGGCACCUACCUGAUGAUGGAACUCGCCAAGCUCAGAGACAAGUAUGACAUCAUCGGGGACGUCCGUGGCAAAGGACUGCAGAUCGGCGUGGAAAUGGUCCGAGACAAGGCCAGCAGAGUGCCGCUUCCACCUGAGGACAUGGCCGCCAUCUUUGAGGACAUCAAAGACAUGGGCAUCCUCGUCGGGAAGGGAGGACUUUAUGGACAGACCUUCCGCAUCAAACCUCCCAUGUGCAUCACGAUGGCAGACGCAGCCUUCUUCUUGUCCGUUUUUAACAAGUCCAUCCAGUGCUUCAUGGAGAAAAGAUGAGCCCAGUCAGGGACUUCAAAACCUCAUGUUUUUUUUUUUUUUUGUUGCAUCACCAUGACAAUUUUUCAAGCUGCGGUUGCUCGGGCAAAAACACAUUAACCAUGACGCAUAGCUGACAAUAAAUCUUGUCAAUUACUCGCACGUGAUUUCAUAGCAAUUUGUGAUGACUUUGUUACUAAAUGUAAAUGCAAUAAAAAGUUGGGGCUGUGUAAUACAGGUAUUCUCGAACAUUUCAA